AUGUGCAGGGCACGCUCCAUGAACCCAGCGCGGAAGACAGCGGCCAGGAAGGCGCGCAAUGUGCUUGUCGGUCGCGCCGAGGACGAAGGCCAGCACCAGGAACCCGAUGGCCUUCCACCUCAUAGGCAUGUACUCCUCUCCGCAUGCGAUGAAACGCGCGGCGUGGUGCGCGGCGACGGCGCCGGAGGCGAGGAUGGGGAAGGCGGCAGUGGAAGGCGCCUUGCAGAGCAUGAUGUUGGUGGAGCAGAGCAUCGCCACGUAGGCAAUGGUCGGCAGCACGAGAGUCUUGAGAAGGCCGAUCUCAAUCUUGACACUGGGGAAGUAAGCCAUCUUGGGGUACACCUGGCCGAAGUCACCGAGAAUGUAGGCGGAAACCAGACCCUGGGUCAGCUGCCACCAGGUGAUGAAAACCGGCGCGGGCAGCACAGUCACAAACAGGGUGUGCACCACGUAGACGUUGCAGAGCGUCAACAAGAUGAAGAGCGCCUCGACGGUGAUGAGGCUGGGAUUGGUGAAGUAAGGCUUCACCUGCUCCCAGCUCUUGAAGAUCUUCAGGUCCUCGAAACCCAUGGCUACGAUACAAAGUAG